UGAGUUUUAUAUCGUAUCAAGAGUAACGGGAACAAUGACGUUUUCUCUGGCUUUAUUAGGAAUUUCUAUUCUACAUUUAUUAGCGACGGGAGAAGCGCAAUCUACCAAUGUAAGUGGUAUUGUGUCGCCGGUGACAGGAGGCGUUGGUGCUCCUCUUUCUCCUCAUUCAGGCACAGCCCAGAAAGUUAAGCGAGCCCAUGGAUCAGUAACGGACAUCCCCGAAGAACGUGAAAUAGGGGAGGACGUGACAACAUCGAGGGGCGGAAUAACGCAGCCGACGCCUGCCGAGGAUCCGGUCGAACAACACGACCUCAGUCCGGGAGCGGGAGCCCAGACGACGACCCCUAUGAAUGGACAUACUGCUGCACGUCAUUUUGGAACAACAAUGCCAUACCAGCAUCACCCCUUCGCAACAACAGAGGAGGUCGAACCAGAGGACCUUCUACCAGGAUUGGGGAACUGUCCACUGUUUGAAGAUGUCACAAAGGAGCAUCAUGUUAUCAUCCGACACGAAAACUGCGAAAUAUUUGUAUCCCAUGACGAUUCCAUACGAUGGUUCGGAGAGCCUGGAUUAAGUCCACCUUCUGUCUACGUACGGAACUUUGUAUGACGUCUUACAACAGCGUCUAUGUCAUGGAAUAAUCAUUGUUGAUCGCGCGUAGUUUAUUGUGUAUGUGUCACAAAAAAGAUCGAAAUAUGUGUUUUGUUAAAGCUUGACAAUUACAUACGUCAAAAGUGAAAAUAUGUACUGUUGCUUCACCAAUUGCAUUUUAGUCGUCUUAAUAAAUAAAUUCCAUA